UUAUUUGUUUCCCAUCUCAAAGAAGAACAACCCUGUCACAUGUCUUCUUCUCCAUCAGUUCCAAAAGUAUCGAACCAAAAUUUGAGUGAGGAAUUUAAUACUGGGGAUGGGUUUAUCAACACAAUCCCGAAUGAAAAGUGUGCCGUCACUACGACACCAUUGCUUCAAGAAACCCCAUCUGUUUCAAUGGCUACCAUGCAACUUUAUGCUAUCUUAGAAACUGUUGCUGAUAGAGUGGAGAUGCACAAGAAUAUCGGCAAUCAACGAGAAAACUGGAACACCCUUCUUCUUAACUCCACUAACAUGAUGAUUCUUACUGCUGCAACUAUGGCUGGUGUUACAGCAACUAGCCAUGGUGUUUCUGUUUUGGGCUUGAAGUUGGGUUCCAUUCUCUUGUUCUCAGGAGCCACUGCAACGUUGGUGAUUAUGAACAAGAUCCAACCUUCACAGCUUGUGGAAGAGCAACGUAAGGCAACGAAAUUGUUUAAACAGCUUGGGAGCCAAGUACAAACCCUAAUCACUGUUGGUUCCCCAAGCAAAGAAGAUGUGAAAGGUGUUAUGGCGAAAAUCUUGGUCAUUGAUAAAGCUUACCCUCUUGCCCUGCUAGGUGGUGCAAUGCUUGAAAAAUUCCCGGAAAGUUUAGAGCAUGCUGUUUGGUGGCCUAGAAACGAGUCUCAGAAAGAAAAUAUCAAUAGAAAGGUGGAGAUGGGCAAUGGGUGGACUAAGGAGCUCGAAUCGGAAAUGAGGGAAAUCGUUGAGGUGAUUAAGAGAAAAGACAGUCAAGAUUAUGAGAGAUUAGGCAACAAAGCAUUGAAGAUAAACAAAGUUUUAGCUACAUCAGGGACAUUACUAACUGGAAUUGCAGCUUUGGCAUCUACUUUCAUGGGGUCUUCCAAUAUCGGACCUUGGGCAGCAACAGUGGCAACCAUUACGGGAGCUUUAGCUUCAGCUGUUAACACUUUCGAGCAUGGCGGCCAAGUUGGUAUGGUGUUUGAGAUGUAUAGGAACAACGCCGGCUUCUUUAAAUAUAUGCAGGAAUCGAUUGAAUCGACUUUGGAUGAAAGUGAUGUGAAGAAAAGAGAACAUGGAGCGUUGUUUGAAAUGAAGGUAGCAUUGCAAUUGGGCAGAAGCUUAUCACAGUUGAGAAAUUUAGCCAAAAAAUCCACUUAUUCUCGUAUAGAAGGAAUCCCCAUUGAUGAAUUUGCAAGCAAUUUGUUUUAA